GUACCAAUACAAUCAUAUACCAAAAAUUAAUUCUUUUAUUAAAAUAUCAAAAAUUAAGGCCUAUAUAUAAGUCGAGGCAACCAAGCUAACAACUCAUUGCAAACUGAAACCAAAACAAAUAUCUAUACAAACACAUAACACAUAUUGAGAGACAGAGAUAAAAGAAUAACCCAUUACGUACUAAUCUUCUUUAUCUGUUAAUUUCUUGAAAAAAAAAACGAAGACACAAGUCAAAGAUCAAAUCAACAAGAUGGGAGUUGGAGGAACGUUGGAGUAUAUAUCAGAGCUAAUAGGGAAUGGAGGAAGCCAUAGUUAUGGAAAGAGGAAGAAGAAGAAGCUGUUUCAAACAGUAGAGCUCAAAGUUAGAAUGGAUUGUGAUGGUUGUGUCCUCAAAAUCAAAAACUCUCUUUCUUCUCUAAAAGGAGUGAAAACAGUGGAGGUAAACAAGAAGCAACAGAAGGUGACAGUGAGUGGCUAUGCGGAUGCGAGCAAGGUGCUGAAGAAGGCUAAAGCGACGGGGAAGAAAGCCGAGAUAUGGCCGUACGUACCGUACAACUUGGUGGCUCAGCCGUACAUAGCUCAGGCUUAUGAUAAGAAAGCACCGCCUGGUUACGUCAGAAAAGUGGACCCAAACGUCACCACCGGGACAAUGGCCGUUUACUACGAUGACCCUUCUUAUACUUCUUUGUUUAGUGAUGAUAAUCCUAACGCUUGCUCUAUUAUGUAGUUUGCUUAAUUAGAUAGUUAAUAAAAGGGAUGUAUAUCCUAUGCGGAUAAUAUAUGUAUAAACAUGGGUUAUAAAUUUUGGUGUUUGUUGUCUUUUUA